CAAACACUUCUCAUAAUCCUGAGAUAAGAGCAGGUGGUACAUAGACCAAGCAAAGCUGAAAACCAGAGGACUCACAAACGAGACCCUUUGGCAGAAUACGAUGCCAGGAGACACGCACCUGAAGUUACUAUGCGUAGUGACUUUCUUGUGCACCCUUAACACGGAGGCUUAUUCUGGAUAUGUCUCACUCGCUCUACCCGAUAGGAGGUCAAAUGCGGAUUAUUUCACAAAAUGUGAUUUUGGCAGUGAUUUGGCAUCAAUCUGCGAUUGGACCUCUGAGGAACUCGGCACACAGAUGGGAACAGCAGGGGAAAACAUUCCCUCUCAAGACAUCCAUCCUGCAUUUCAUUUGAAGAGCGGCCUUCUGAACAUCUCAGUUGACUCCUGUCUGGAGUUCUGGUAUUACAAACCCAGUCAGAAGAGUACUGAGCUCAAAGUUUUUCUAGCAGAAGGUAUUCAGCAGACAUUGCUCUGGAGCUCAGACAGCACUGUGAAUGGAGACUGGAGACAAGCCUUCAUCCCUUUGACGGCCCGCCCAGAUGAAAGCAUACAGGUUAUUUUUGAGCUAUCAAAAGGUCUGCAAAAGGAGGACGAGCCCGCCUUCAACAGAAUUGGAAUACGGAGGGGACAAUGUGGGAUCCAAUGCCAGCCAGGGGCUGAAUUUUGGUCGGAUGAAACUACUCGCUGUACCUGCACUGACCAGCAACUCACCUGUUCCAAGGACUCCGGAUUUGGCACCUGCCAUGUGGCCUCUGAUCCACAUUACACCACAUUUGAUGGCGUCAGCUUCCACUUUGAGGGCCCCUGUACAUACAUCUUGUCAAGGGUCUGCGAUAAAUCUGGGUUACUUCCAGAGUUUUCUGUAGAGGUGAGAAAUGAGAAGAGGGGAGACUCGCCCUUCGCCUCUGUUCAGCAGGUGAACGUCAUCAUGGAUGGUCUAAGAGUGGUCAUGCUAAGAAGAGAAAGGAGUAGAGUCAUGGCAAAUGGUAUUUGGAUGAAUCUCCCGUUACACCUAAAAGGGAAUGGAGUCAUCAUUGAAGCCCAGGGAGAUGUUGUGGCCCUUCAAACAGACUUCCAAAUGUCUGUGUUGUACACUGGAUCUGGCGCGGUUCAGGUUACCCUGCCCAGCAGUUAUUCCAACAGAGUCUGCGGGAUGUGCGGAAACUUUAACCAGCUGACAGAGGAUGAGUUCAUGGACCGAAACGGCUCAGAGGUGGAAGACGCCCGUAUUUUGGGUGAGAGAUGGUUGGCUGAUGCUGAGUGCGAGGACCCGAUCCCACCAAGAGUGUGUACAGAGCUGGAAGACAAUGAGUAUGCCAGCGAUCAUUACUGUGGAGUGCUAACAUCCAGACAGGGGCCAUUCGCAGAGUGUUCAUCAGUCCUCAAUGUAGACAACUUUCUCCAAAGCUGCAUGUUUCAUAUGUGUACAACUGAAGGUGAUCCUGAAGCUCUCUGCAAUACCAUACAGACUUUCAGUGAUGCAUGCAAUAAAGCCGGGAUCACGGUUUCUGCCUGGAGGAACUCAACAUUCUGUCCUCUGGUGUGUGGACCUCAAAGCCACUAUAAUGCCUGUGCCAACGGCUGUCAUGACACCUGCUCCAGUCUGGAUACUGCAGGGGGUUGUGGGAUAUGUGAGGAACGCUGUGAGUGUGACGAUGGCUUCUUGUUCAGUGGAGGAACAUGUGUGCCGAUUGAGGACUGUGGAUGCUGGGUAAACGAACAGCAUUAUGCGAUCAGAGAGACAUAUAUGGAGGCUAACUGUGAGAGAUUGUGCGAGUGUUUAGGUAACGGGAACAUUCGCUGUUCACCCGUCGCCUGCCUGCCUGAUGAAGUCUGCACGGUUAAAGAUGGAGUCGUGGGCUGCUUUCCCUCCAACCCUGUGACCUGUAGGGUCUACGGUGACCCCCAUUACAUCACCUUCGAUGGCAAGGCCUACUCUUUCUGGGGAACCUGCAACUACACAAUAGCAAAGACAUGUGGGCCUACCGUCACCCAGUUCACUAUAACCGCAAGAAAUGAAGGGCAAGAAAACUCUGCGACAUCAUCUCUUAACUCGAUAGCUCUUGACAUGGAAGGCUUCCACCUCACCAUAAGAAAAAACAAGUUGGUUCACGUUAACGGUGCUCCAGUCAAUCUCCCCGCGGACUUUGGGUUAUUUCGUUUGUCUCAGUCAGGACCUUACGCUCAGUUGGACACCAGUUUCGGUCUGCGGCUGUUGUUUGACGGAAAGCAGAGAUUGUUUGUGCAGGUGGAUGAGCGUUACACGGGGAUGAUGUGCGGUUUGUGCGGAACUUACUCCGGAAGUCAGUUUGAUGACUUUUUAACACCCGACGGCAACACUGUAGCGCAUGCGCACGAGUUCGGCAGCAGCUGGGAUACACACGACACUGACUGGCCAUGCAGUAAUGGCUCUCCAGACCCCCCUGCAUGUGACCCUGAUCUGGAGAACGGUGCAUUCAAAGAGUGCAGUGCACUGUUUAGUGAUGUUUUCGCUGAAUGUCAUUGGUUUGUUCCACCUCAGAUCUACGUCACCAGCUGCAUUUCUGAUUACUGCACUUAUCAGGGGGAUAAAUCUCAGCUCUGCAACUCUUUAGAGGACUAUGUGUCUGCCUGCGAGUUAGCUGAAGUGUUUCUAACACACUGGAGAAAUCACACUUCCUGUGAUUUGGAUCCUCCCCCCCAACCAACAGAUGGAUCUAAACCAACCUCAUCCUCUGAAAGCUGCACAUGGAGCUGUAACUUUGACCAGAAUGAAUGCGGGUGGGAACAACUCAUCCAGGACAGUUUUGAUUGGACGAGAUGGUCGGGAUCAACGCCAUCAGAUCUCACCGGGCCAACUGACGACCACACCACAGGAAAUGGCUUCUACAUGUACAUUGAGGGAGAUAGCGUGGUCCAAGGUGACUCAGCCCGCAUCAUGAGCCCUGCAUGCUACGCUUCCGGAAAGCAGUGCGUGAAGUUCUGGUAUCACAUGUACGGCCAAGCAAAUGCUAUGGCACUCAACAUUUACCUGUUUGAGAACAAGCGCGCUCUCAAAAUAUGGUCCAAAGCCAACAAUCAGGGAAACCACUGGUUACAAGGAAGUGUCGAAAUUAAACCACAAGAACCAUUUCAGAUAAUCGUGGAGGGCAUCAGGGGUUCAGAUCCUCGCUCAGAUGUGGCCAUAGAUGAUGUGGUCAUAUUGUAUGGUGGAUGUGACGAUACUUCAAUAGAAGAUCAAGACUCGACCACCCUGGUACCUCCUCUGUCUACUUCAAAUUCAAUCAAUCCACAUCCAGUUUGUAGCCUGAACUGUGAUUUUGACGGUGAUAUCUGCGCUUGGAGUCAGAUGCCGACUGAUGCUUUUGAUUGGACAAGACACACAGGCUCCACCCCCUCUUUGAUGACUGGCCCCUCCUCUGACCACACAACAGGAAGUGGGUCCUGA